GGUCCCGCGGAGGCCCUCCCGGCGGAACCCCGCGUGCUGCAGCCAUGGAGACGCGGUAAUCCCCUCCUCCGGCCCGCGCCCCGGCCCCCGCAGCCGUCGCCGAUUGGUCGCCCUUUGCUCCCUGACCCUCUCGCCGCCUCCGAGGCCACCGCUUCCUGCUCGGUUGCCGCGCCGCGCUCCCGGCCCGGGGCGGAGCUCGGGCGCCGGGCGCGCGCCGCUUUCGCCGCGGCCGAGCAGCAGCCGGCGCCGGAGGAGGAGCCGCCGCCGCGCCCUUCCCCUUCCUCCGCUCCUCCCCCGGCCCUCUCCCCGCCCGCGCCGGCCCCAGGCAGCACUUGCGAGCAGCGGCGGCCGCGGCCGGCGGCCGAAAGGGGAGAAUGCGGCGGCGCUCGCGGAUGCUGCUCUGCUUCGCCUUCCUGUGGGUGCUGGGCAUCGCCUACUACAUGUACUCGGGGGGCGGCUCCGCGCUGGCCGCGGGCGCGGGCGGCAGCGCCGGCAGGAAGGAGGACUGGAAUGAAAUUGACCCAGUUAAAAAGAAAGACCUUCAUCAUAGCAACGGGGAUGAGAAAGCACAAAGCGUGGAGACCCUCCCUCCAGGUACUGUGGCAGCCCCUGGGGACCCAUAA